GGAUGCGUAGGUUACCACAACUUGACGGCGAGAUGCCGGUGGACCCCGAGGCACCGCACGACGCUGCGGUCGCCACUGGCGAGAAGCGGCCUGUCACCAUACGCCGCAGCACCACAGGCGCCGUUUCCUUUGGUGACGUUGGCGAUGUGUGCACAGAAACCACCGACGUUGACAUCACAUCCCUGCACUACCAAGUGACGAAACAGGCGUCCGUGCUGUUGGCUGGUGGUGUCGCCGGAAGCAUUGGCAAGACGUUUACGGCUCCAUUGAGCCGCCUGACCAUCUUGUACCAAGUGCACAGCAUGGUGACUCCCACACACAAGGACAAAUUUUCCGGGUCGCUCUACCAAGCCUUCAUGAAGGUAGUGCGACGUGAAGGUGUGUUCGCCUUGUGGAAAGGGAAUGGUGCAAGCGUGGUCCAUCGCUUCCCGUACUCGGCCGUCAACUUCUUCACGUACGAAGCCAUGAAGGACUUUUUCGAAGCACAAACCGAGAACACAUCGCCGAUGCUGACGCGGUUCGUGUCGGGCGCGUUGGCCGCAGCGACAUCGACGACAGUAUGCUACCCCAUCGACCUCAUCCGCACGCGGUUGAUCACACAGCUCGACAACAACAUUCGGUAUCGCGGCAUUUCACAUGCAUUUCAUCGCAUCCGCGCCGAGGAAGGUACACGCGGCCUCUACCGUGGCCUGUCGGCAACGCUGCUCGUGACCGUCCCGAACAUGGCCAUCAACUUCACCGUCUUUGAGUCGUUGAAGGAUGCGGUUCAAGCUUUCCGAGAAGAUCCGACGACAGGCAACUCGUCGCCGCCGCCGCUGACGGCGGUGGACACACUUACGUGCGGCGCCGUGUCGGGCAUUUCGUCGUCGAUUGUCACGUUUCCCGUGGAUGUCGUCCGCCGGCGCAUGCAAAUCUCAGGGCUCCAUGUGACGACGACGUCGACCGCGGCGGAAGCGACGGCCACCGCGUGGGGCAUCACGAGGGAACUGUACCUGCAGCAAGGCAUCUGGGGGUUCUACCGCGGUCUCACUCCCGAACUUCUCAAGGUGAUUCCAAUGGUCGGCAUCACGUUCGGCACAUUCGACAUGAUCAAACAGCACUUGCACCUUGAUGCUUGAGCAUGACACAUAAAGCAUCCACCAAUAUAGACAUCCACCCCUUCACGCGUC